AUGGCCCACGCCGCGGCAGCGCAGCAGCCGAACCUGUACCAGCGGGCGCAGUACGGACAGAUGGUGCAGCAGCACCUCGCGCAGCGGCAGCACGCGCCCCCACGGGGCCCCAGGCACCACCACGGGGGUCCCCCGCGACACAGCGGACACGACGCGAGCGCCGUGGCCGCGAAGGCGGCGUUCCCCGAGUGCCGCGACCUGAAGAGCGUGGGCAUGGGGGUGAGGAUCAAGGGGCUAGACAAGGCGCAGCAGCUCGACGGCGUCCAGGACAGCGGCUCGGAGGGGGUGUAUUUCACGCACUCUGACUCAGGGCAGGCCGAGUUCCGCCUCGUCGACGCCGCGUCGAUGACCUGCUCGUGCCCGAACUCCGGGCUGAUGUGCUCCCACCGCUUCGCGGUCUGUGCGAAGCACCCGCGCCACCGGAUCCCCUUCGCACUGGCGAUCAAGCUGGAAGAGGAGCUGCGCAAGCAGAGGAUGGUCGUCGCGCAGGGUGGCCGUCCGGAGACGGCGGACGGAGUGGCAUCGCGUCUCGCGCUUGCGGCUGUCUCGUGGAUGCAGACGCAGCCGAUCGGCUGCCUGAGCGACCAGAGGUUGAGAGCCAGAGCCGCAGACAUGUUGGUCGAACCCGUCAAACUCGUAUGCGACACUCUGCUCGCGAUCAAGCUCCAGAGCGAGAUCGACAUGGACCCUAGGAUCCAGCAGGCAGGCCACAACACCAACGGCGACGAGCGGUGGUCGCUGUGGUGGAUGAAGGCGGCCAGGGACGCAUCGCAAUCGACCGCGACGUUCCAGAAACUCACGGCCAAGGCCGCGGAGCACGAGGCCAACGAAGACGCCCCGACGGCGCUGGCGGCGCAGAUCGUCGCCCACCCCUCGCGCGCCGAGGUCGUGGCCCUUGCAUUCGAACGGGCAAUACAGGACGCGGAGAAUCAAGUGCGCAAGGAACGGGAGCGCCUCGCGUCCCAGGGGACGCCGGAAGCGGCGCUCGCGCCGGAAUUCGUCGUCAGAACUCUGCAGGACGCCAUGGACGUCCUGGACGAGUGCGUGAUCGAGGGCACCACCGACACCAGCUUCCUGGCCACGACCCUCUCGGAGUCCGUCGAACUAGGACAGGCUCCGGCCGCCGCCCUCGCCGCGGCCUUCGCGCGCUCCGAAAAGUUCGUCACUCAGUGGGCGAAGCUCCACGCCGCCGCAGCCGGCCUCCUGUCGAGCGACGGACCGGCGCAGCAGCCGGAGCGCGACGCUCCUGCAAACAGCGGGGAUGCAGAGGCGGAAACGCGCGGCGAUGCGGCCGUGGCGCGGAUGGACACCGACGGCGGCGAGCAGCGCCCGUCGGCCGACACGCUGCCGCGGGAGGCGCUCCUGUCGGUGCGCGUGGCUUUCAAGGACUUGACGGAGUUCGUGGAACAGGCUUCCUUGGUGCUCGCGGCUUCCCGACCGGCGGCGAAGCGCUCCGAUGGUCUUCGGGGCCUGCGGGAAGCUCUCUCGUGCGCUGUCUGCGCGAACUAUCACGUCGACGACUUCGGGGAGCUCGGAUGGGGGUCUCUGGACUCCUUUUUGUCUGUCUGGGUGUUCGAGUUGCGAGAGGGGGAGUCUACGCGGGCCGCGGAGGUCGACCGGGCAUUCAACAGCUGGUGCUCGACGCUACGACCACUGGCGCAACGCGACGUGGUGUGGGCGGAGGCGCUGGCGGCAGACCUGGACGCCGUGCGUCCAGAUAUCGGGGACUCGGUUCAACACGCGAUGGGAGUUUUGCGGAGCCGCUGCGCCGCAGGGGGGCUGCCGGGCGAGUCGACCCUCGUGGUGGGCGACGCGCAGCCGGGAGCUUACGGUCUGCGCGUUCCGUCAGACGCGACGGGCCUGAACGAGGUGCUAGCUUCUUGCGUCAAGUGCCUGGACGCCCCCGGCGCCGCACGGACGGCGCUGUCGGCUGCCAUGUCGAACGGGGGCGCCGCUGCUCUCCAGGUCGGGCUCAUCGACCUGUACACGGACCCAGCUGCGGUGGAAGCCUGCGCGGAGCACAACGUCGCGUGGGCGCAGGUCGCGUCGUACGCCUCGCGCGCAGCGGCGUGCCUUCCGGGACGGCUGGCGUCGUGCCAGCGGGUCAUGAGGGCUAUCCUGCCGCCGAAGUGGCUGGACAUCAUCGCUGACGGCCCCGGGGACGCGCAAGACGGCCUUGAUGGAAUAUCCAUUGAAGACCUUGUCGUAUUGAAGUUCCUGGCACGAGUCCUUUCGGUAGAACGGAGGUGGGAGACCGCGCUGCAGCACGCCCGCGGUGCCCUCGCAAAGGCCGCUGACGGGCGAGAAGCUCCACGGCCGCCGCGGCCCGCCGUGCUCGAUGCACCUGCGGCCACGCAGGACGCAAGGGGCACAGUCGCGCAGGGAGCGAGCGCCGCACCGGACGAGGCACGUCCCCGCGUGGUGCCCGAGAGGGUGCGGCGGCGGGCCGAGCCGGAGCACCCUGGGCCGCAGCAGCAGGCUCUGGGGGGGUCUGAGUUGUGCAUGCAGGCAAUCGAGUCGAUUCGGAGGGAGAGGUUCGGUAUCGGCAUCGACGUCCCAGAGAGCGUGCAGGGCCCGCUGCGAAACACGCAGCAGGGCCUGCACCGCGCCGUGGAGCGGCUUGCAAAGGACAUUUACAGCGGAGAGGCUCGGCUGCUCAUGGAGCUGCUGCAGAACGCGGACGACGCCGCCGGGCGAGCGCACCCUGCCGAGCGCAACGCGUUCCCUGCAGUCGCGCUCGUGCUCUGCGACCAGGGCCUCGCGGUCGCCAGCAACGAGCCUGGCUUCACUGCGGACGACGUGUCGUCGCUGUGCAACAUCGGCAUGUCCAGCAAGCAGCGCGGCGCUGCGGAAAUAGAGACGGGAGAGAAGGGCAUUGGAUUCAAGUCCGUGUUCGCGCUCUCCGACACCCCGACCAUCGUGUCGAACGGCUUCUCCUUCCGCUUCAAUGCGCAAGACGCGACAGGGCUCGGCUACCUCCUGCCCGAGUGGGAGAGCCGCACAAGAGAAGAGCUGUUGCCGUUCGACGCUGGUCGGCUUCCCUCCGGGACCACCACGCUGUUCUGGCUGCCCGCGCGCGACAAGCUGCUGCAGUCGGGCCGCUGGAGCAAGCUCGCCGACGACCUCCGCUCCGAGGCUUCGUCCCCGAGCACCCUGCUCUUCCUGCACACACUACGGCGGAUCACCGUCCUGGACGUGCGCAGCGGGGCGCAGGCGGCCGAAACGGAGCUGCUGCGCCGCGACGAGACGCCUGGGGACAUCUGCUCCGCUGGAGUUGCCUUCACGUCCAUCACGGAGCAGCCGAGCGGGGUGCGCCGACACUGGCUGCGAUGUGCUGCGGACAUCCCAAACGAUCUGAGGGUCCCCCGGGGCGAAUCUGCGACGCCCGCGACCACCAAGAUCGAGGUCGCGCUGCCCAUCACGGCCCUGGGCCAAGUCAAGCGGGAGCUCGAUGCGGCGGAUGUGCAGAGCGACGGCAACGACGGCAACGAGUUGGAUUCGCACGCUCUCGCGCCGUGGGCGCGGCCGUCGGACGCGCAGCUCGAACAGCUGGCGCAGAUCGCGUACUGCACGCUGCCGGUGCGGAACUACGGCCUCCCGUUCGCGGUACAGGCUCACUUCGUGCUGACAACAAGCCGGGAGGAUAUCUCCCGAGAUGUCGUUUGGAAUCAGUGGACGCGCGAGAACAUCCCAGCCGUGCUGCGCAAUGCGCUCCUCGCGCUUCUGGCCUGCCGUGACCACCCGGAUCAUCCGCACGAGGGCGUCAGGGAGGCUGCUGCGGCGUCAAUUGCGUGGCCGUUGCUGCUGCCGCGAAGCGGCGCCGGCACCGGGUUCUUCGCAACGCUUGCGUCCGAGGCCCCGAAGCUGAUGCGACAGACCAAGUGCUUGGCCGCAAAGGACAGCGGGAUCCUGGAAACACCGAAUUCCCUUCUGCUCUGUCCAACUGCCGCACUCGACGCCAUCUCCGAGGACAGCGUCCGCGCUGCGACGGGAUGCGCGUGCCUGGACCCCGAUGUAGCGCGGUACAUCCCUGAUUGCGCGGCGCGGCAGCUGGGGCUGCAGCGGAUCAGUGUGCCGGAAGCGGCAAAGGCGGCGCUUGAAACACUCAACAAGCCAGGACCCCUCCAGAGCGAGACGCUGCCGUGGCGCGUGCUGUGCGCCCUCCACGACACGUGGGCGGCACAAUCAUCGCCCCAGACGCUCAAGCGCGCUCUUCUCGGCCUGCGGGACCUGCCGCUGCUCCCGCUCUCUGGCUGCGGGACCCACGGCCGGUGCCGCACCGUCUGGCUCCCGCCAGCGGCCGCCGCCGCGCUCGCCGGGUCCAGAUCCACUGGCGCUGGGCUCGCAGAGGAGGGCCCUGCCUUCGGGUUCGAGCACGAGCUCGCGCUGGUGUCCUCGGGGGGACUUUUGGACCUGUCAGACACAGCGCGAUCCCGCGUCCGUGACGUGCUGCAAGCCCUGGACGUGCGCACGCCGUCCGUGCAGGAGGUCGUCAGGGACUUUGUGCUGCCUCGGCUGGAGCGCGUCGAGCCCGCAGACACCCCCGGGGCACUCGGCGGCGAACACCGCGUGAUUGUGGGGUGCUUGGCGUACGCGCUGCGGCAUCAGCGCGCCCUCGACGACGGCUUGCUGCAGCAGCUAGCGUCAUCGGCGCGCUUCGUGCUGCACGACGGCCGCAUCGUCGGUCCAGGCACGGGCGUUCACGUAAUGCCGCCAGUGGCGGACGGUUCGCCGCUCGGCUCAGACACUUGGGAGGGCCGCUUCUUGCAUGAGGCGUAUCUCGAGCACGAAUCGCUUGAGUCCUGGUCUGCGUUCGUCUGCGGCGUGCUGAAGCGCGGCCUCCCUUGCAUGUGGCCGGCGGACGUCGCCACUGCUGCGUUGGCACUCGUGCGCAGGACGGACGACCGCGACCGUGCCGCCCGCCUCGCAGGGCUCCUCGACCACGUCGACCGCCACUGGGUCGACUGGGAGGCUGCCGCGGCGACGGGGAGCGCCGAAGCUGACAGGGCGCGAGACAAGUUGCGGACCCUGGCGUGGGUUCCCGUGACGCGGGGAGGAGUCUCCGCUGAGGACUACAGCGGCAUCGAAUCCCUCCGCCUGGUUCAGCCGAGCAGGGCGCUCGUAGCCUCCAGGCGGCAGGGCCAGCAGCUCGGCGCUGCGGCUCACUACAGCUGUGCUUCAAUCACGUCACCAGGACUGGCUGAGUGGCUCGGGCUCGCGACGGAGCCGACGUCGCAGCACGUGAUCGCGCAGCUGCAAGCUUGGAGCGACGCUGUCGCCCGGGGCGCGGCGAUGACGGCGGAGCAGGAGGCAGCCAUCGUCGACGGAGCGGCCAAGGCGUUCAGGAUUCUCCACGCGCAAGAUAGCGAGCGCACCGCAGCGGCCAAGGUGGCGCCGGAGGCCUUCGCGUCAUCGCCGCUCGUGAUUGCGCGAGCCGGCUCAGGGCCAGGUCUGCGGUGUGCGAAGAGCACGCGCGCGGUCGUGCACGACCCGACUGCGGUGUUGACGCGAGAGGGGGUGUCGGGGCCGCCCGCGUACGACGUGGUGCUGGCGGACACUUACCCCGAGGAUGUCUUGGGCUACAUGUCGGACGCGUCCUGGCUCGGAGUUCCGCGCAGUCCUCCAGCAGAGGUCGUGCUGCGAGCACUCACGUACUGUUCCCUCAGUGGCGCUUCCCGGGCGGAUGUCGAGCGCGCUGUCUUGGCGCUCCUGAGCUACCUCGGGUCCCUCCUGAGCCGCAGCAAGCCAGCAGGCGCCCAGUUUGGCCCGCAGGAUGCGGGCAUUCUCGAACACUUGCAAGACUUGAAGCUAUUUUCGAUCCUCGGAGAAGACUGCCUGCGCGCCCCGAUCCCACCGGCCGCGCAGGCCUUCUACACGCCGCGCAUGGCCGGGCGCGACAUGACAUCGCUCGGCGCCGUCGACGAGGGGGGCGCCGAACGCGUCCUCGCAACAAUGGCGGACUCUCUUGCCGAGUCGGGCGCGCGCCAAGGGAGGCGUCCGGUCGUGCUGGACGCCAUCGCGGAGCCAGCUUGCGGCUGGACCGACGAGGCCGUGCAGGGCAUGCGCAGCCUGCUCGGCGCGCUGUCUGUGCGUCCUCUUGAGGAUCACCUCACGGCGGUGCCCGUCGCGGAGGCUGCAACGACAGAAGGACGUGUGCCGCGACUGCAGGACACGUCCAGCCUGCUGCAGAGGCACGCUGUGGUGUCCGUGCACCUCACCGCGCUCGCACGCGCCGCGCUUGUGGCCGCGGGCGCGGCUUCUGUGGACGACGCGAACGCUUUGCGCGUGAUGCUGGCGCAAGACCUGGGCGUCGUGUACGCGCUCGACGCUGGCGACGGCAGAGGGCCGCUGGUGACGCGCCCGAUCGUGACGCGGUGCUUCGCAACGCAGGGCUGCCGUGUUGCUUUUGCGAGAUGCGAAAACGUCGCGCAAGAGCGCAGGAAGGCCCUGGAGGCGGCUCACGCAGCGCUGUCGUGGACCGCUGCACGGAGCAAACUGCCCGGCGUCGCGCAGAUGUCUCCGCCGCAGCGCAGGCUCUUCUCUCAGGCCAUUGUCGCGUCGGUUGGCGCGCCGGCCUCCUCCGCGACCGCGGUGUACGACGCACUUGACGCGCUCGACUCCAACAUGCCGUUCCGCUCCGCGGCAGCCUUCGCGCGUUGCGAGGACCCCGCGGACGGCGCGCUGGUGCACGUAAGGGACCUUGUCGAGGCCCUCACGUCUGCCCGCGACGACUUCGGUGACGCGGGGCACGAGAUCGGAGGCGAGGAUACAAUGGCGGUUGACGGCGGCGAGGACGGCGAGGCGGUCGUGGACGACGCGCAUGGUGAGGGGGACUAUGGGGAGGGGUACCUGGGGGACCUGACCUCGGUGGAGGACGCUUACGGCUUCGAGGAGGAGGGCACGGAUCACCGUGCUUUCCACCCACACAGGCCCGUGGACAACUUUGGCGAGAGCGCCCCCCCCUCGAGAGAGUUCGAAGUGGAGGAGAUCUCCACUGAGCGUACCAGGGGGGCUCUUCAGCGCAUGCCAACUGUCACGACGCCGCAAGCAAGCAGCGCGGCGAACCAGGACGUCGGCCGCUGGUGCGAGGAGUUCGUCUUCCGAGUGCUGAGCGAGCCGGGAGCGUUGGGGCCGGGGCAGGAGGUCGUUUGGGAGAACCGUCCUGAGAAUGCAGAGAACUUUAUCCCUGAGCUCGGCGACACAGGAUACCCGUUCGACAUCGUGAUCAGGGAUCGCAGGACGAAGGCCGUGGAGGUGUACGUCGAGGUCAAGGGCAGCGCGAGGGCGGAGAAGGAGUACGUGGAGGUCUCGAACAAGGAGUGGUUGUUUGCGCAGCGUCAGGGGCAGCGCUACCACAUCUACCGCGUGCUCGGGGCGCUCACGGCCGACGCGAGGCUGGAGGUGGUGAAGAAUCCGUACUUGCAGUGGCGCCAACACCAGGUCGGCAUGCUGCUCACUUUCUGA